UCUGGUUGGUAAAUUACCAAUCACAUAAUGUCAUGAACUAAUAAUGUAACCAUUACAAUAUAAAUGCUCGUAUCCAGAUAUGUUUGUAAGAAGGCUUAAUUAAUUAACAAUAUGGAUAACAAAGAAGAGAAAUCAGAAACCACUUCCCAGUUACCCAUUGAAGGAGCUGAAGCAACAAAGUCAAAAGAAAUAGCAGAGGAGGAAAUUCUUGAUGCACCAAAGAUUGUAACAUUCAAAAGUGAUGUAAUUGAUAGAGGUGCAGAGCAAGUUACAGAAGAAGAAAAUAAUACUAUUAUUGCAGGUGAGGGCAACAAAAGUGAGAAAGAAGAAAAAGAUAGAAUAGAAAGUUCAGAAAAAGAGUUGAAAUGCAGGCCAAUAGCAUUUCUGUUGGGACUUCCAUUUGCCCUAAUCUCUCUCGUCAUUGCUUUUAUUGGAGUCAUUAUUUGGAUUAUCGGAUUGAUGUUGACUUGCAUAUGCCCCUGCUGCUUCUGUGUAACUGUGUUGGUAGAAAUGGCACUUGGUCUACUGAAUGCUCCUUUUCAAUUAUUCCAUUAUAUCACUGAUAAAAUACCUUUCUGAUGAAUAACCUUAUAAGAUUUCUUCAAUUUUUUUCCUUUUGAUGGUUCUCUUUGGUCUCAUCAAGUGUACUACAUCCAAUAUAUUUCGUUGAUUUGGUUUUGUUGUUGAUGUUUAUACGACUUUAGAUAAUUAAUGUUAGUACUUUCAUAUAUAUAUAUUUAUGUUGUGCUCAUUAACAUUCAA